AACGACAGCGAAUCUCAGAGGCCCCGCCUUUAUAUCCGUAAUUUUAUUAUUUCAGUUGGUUUUCGCGAUGAUAUUAUUAUAAAAACGAGCAUUUAGAUACACAAGUUCUACGAAGUAGGAGACCUGUAAAGAUGGGUACAACAAAAGUACUGUGUUUCAUCGCGUUAAUAUCAUGUGCGGCGGCGUUAUUGACGUCACCGCCGAAAAUCGUCAAGCAGCCGACACAAGAGGAGAUUCUGUUCCAAGUCGCGCAGCCGGGCGAGGUGGACAAACCGUUCAUCAUUGAAUGCGAGGCUGAAGGCGAACCGGCUCCUAAGUACCGAUGGAUCAAAAACGGCAAACCCUUCGAGUACACGAGUUAUGACAACCGUAUCUCGCAGCAGUCUGGCCGCGGUACUCUCGUGGUCAGCCAGCCACGUGACGAGGACCUCGGACAAUACCAGUGCUUCGCGUACAACGAGUGGGGAACUGCCGCGUCCAACAGCGUCUUUGUACGACGAGCUGAACUCAACUCCUUCAAGGAGACAGACAGCCAACAAGUCGUCAGAGCGGAGGAAGGCAAGCCUUUCAAACUCACCUGCGAACCACCUGAUGGUCACCCCAAACCCAAGGUGUACUGGAUGUUGCAAGGCGACCAGGGUCAACUGAAAACCAUCAACAACUCACGCAUGACCCUAGAUCCUGAAGGAAACCUCUGGUUCUCCAACGUGACUCGAUAUGAUGCCAGUGUUGAUUUCGCUUACAUUUGUACAGCUAAUUCCAUCUUCAGGAAUGAGUACAAGUUUGGUAACAAGAUUUAUUUGGAAGUCACGCAGACUGGUAUUGCACCCACCUUGAACAGGCACGAACCGGUGCGUCAGUACACUACUAGGAAGGUCGAGAAGGCUUUGAAGGGGAAGAAGGUGGAACUGUACUGUAUCUACGGUGGAACGCCUUUACCGCAAAUAGUUUGGAAGAAGAACGGACGAAGCAUUAUCUCUUCCCAAGGCAUUACUCAGGAUAAUUACGGAAAGACGCUGGUGAUCAGAUACCCGACGUAUGAAGACCAGGGCACGUAUACUUGUGAGGUCAGCAACGGUGUUGGAACUGCUCAGUCUUACUCCAUCCUGCUGAAUAUUGAGGCCGCACCAUUCUUCACGGUGGAGCCGGAAUUCCAAUACCGCGCAGAAGGCGAUACGGCUGAGAUCAAGUGUGAAGCUGGUGGUACUCCAGUGCCGAAGAUAACCUGGAUCCAUAACGGAAAGCCCAUAGAACAGGCGGAACCGAACCCGAGGAGACAAGUGAACCCCAACAGCAUUAUCAUCACGAACCUUGAAAAGAAGGACACUGGAAACUACGGUUGUAACGCCACCAGCUCCAUCGGAUACGUGUACAGAGAUGUCUACAUCAACGUCCAAUCAAUCCCGCCAGAAAUCACGGAAGGCCCAGAGAAUCUCACCCGGGUGGACGGUUCCGAGGCUGUGCUUAAGUGCAGAGUGUUCGGAGCGCCGAAACCCAUCGUCAAAUGGAUGAAGGAUGAUGUUGACGUCACUGGUGGAAAAUACAAUAUAACUCCUGACGGCGACCUGGUGAUCCGUGACGUGUCCUACACGGACGUGGGGACGUACCAGUGUUAUGCGAAGAAUAAGUUCGGAGAGAAGUCAGCUUACGGGUCCCUCGAUGUUAAGAAGCGCACAGUGAUCACGGACAAGCCAGAACAUUACGAGGUAGCGGCCGGUUCUUCAGCCACGUUCCGCUGUAACGCGAACGCUGACGACUCCCUCAAGCUGCAGAUCAUCUGGCUCAACGACGGACAGCAGAUAGACUUUGAGAACCAGCCCCGGUUCCGCAUGACCAAUGACUAUUCUCUCCUCAUCUCUGACACCACUGAGCUGGACUCUGGAGAGUAUACCUGUAUUGCCAAGACUGCCAUUGAUGAGGCCAGGGCGCAGGCUACUCUUACUGUGCAAGACAAGCCAAACCCUCCCGCGUUAGACGGAAUUGAAUGUCACGAGAAGACGGCCACUCUCCGCUGGCACUCCAUGGGAGACAACCGCGCGCCCGUCCUGCGCUACUCCAUACAAUACAACACUACCUUCACACCCGACACGUGGGACAUGGCCAGUGAUAAUGUACCAGCUAUUGAUACGUCUUGGACCGUCCAGCUUAGUCCUUGGGCUAAUUACACGUUCAGAGUGAGCGCGUGGAACAAGAUCGGACCGUCAACCCCGUCAUCGCAUUCCGAUGUUUGUACUACACAACCCGACGUUCCCUACAAGAACCCCGACAAUGUCGUGGGAGAGGGCUCAGACCCUACUAAUAUGGUCAUCUCUUGGUCGAAAAUGCCUCAAAUCGAGCACAAUGGUCCCGGCUUCUACUACUUGGUGACUUGGCGCCGCAACAUCACCGGCCAACCCUGGGUCGAGGAACAAGUGCGCGACUGGCAACAAACUGAAUACACCGUACUCAAUACACCCACCUUCGUACCCUACAAAGUCAAGGUUACCGCAGUGAACUACAAAGGUACAUCGAACGUGACGCCCGUGGAAGUCAUCGGCUGGUCCGGUGAAGACAUCCCGAUGCAGGCUCCGCAGAACUUCACGCUCGUACAAGUCACCACCGGCACCACCGCACUACUCAACUGGAACCCAGUCCCACCAGAGUCCGUACGCGGACACUUCAAGGGUUACAAAAUCCAAACCUGGGUCGAUGGCGAAGAGGAAAAGCUCAAAGAAAUCUUAGUCAAGGCUGACGCUUCCAGUGCUCUAGUCAGCAAAUUCAAACCGUACAAGAAGAACAAUGCUCGAAUCUUGGUAUACAACGGCCGUUUUAACGGACCUCCCAGUGAUACUCUCAGCUUCCACACUCCUGAAGGCAAGCCUGGUACCGUCAAAUCAUUCGAAGUUUACCCCAUUGGUUCCUCAGCUAUGCUCCUGAAGUGGGACAAACCCGUUGACGAGAACGGAGUCCUCACUGGCUAUAAAAUCUACUACCAGAAGGUUACUGGAACAUCUUUGGGACCCAUCCAAGAAAGGAAGAAGGAGAUCGAUCCUAAAUUCGACCGCGCAAAGUUGGCUGGUCUGGAACCCAACACGAAAUACCGCAUUGAGAUCAGAGCUAAGACUAAGGCUGGUGAAGGAGACAAGUAUUAUGUGGAACAAACGACCAAGUCCGUGGUGACUGCUAAGCCUGAUAUCCCAGUGUUUGAGACGAGUACAUUGCCGGCUAAAGAGGGAACUGCUCAUAUCCUGGUCCGUUGGAUCCCGUCAUUGGAUGGACACGCGGGUACUCACUUCGUCGCGUGGUACAAGCUGAAGGGUCACCCUGACUGGUCGAAGACUAACGAGGUGACGGACGAUGACUACGUGAUCCUGACGGGGCUGGAGCCCGGACAGGUGUACGAGGUCAAACUCACGGCGCACGACGGAGAAUACUUUAGCUCCAGUGAGAUUAAGGAUGUCGAUACCACUAUUGACGGGCCCAUAGUGGAGCCGGGCGAGGACAAGACGGCGUCUGCGGGCUGGUUCAUCGGCGUGAUGCUGGCGCUGGCGUUCCUGCUGCUGGUGCUAGUGUUGGUGUGCGUGGUGCGGCGCAACCGCGGCGGCAAGUACGACGUGCACGACCGCGAGCUGGCGCACGGCCGCAGGGACUACGCCGAGGGCGGCUUCCACGAGUACACGCACCCUCUUGACAACAAGUCUCGUCACUCGAUGAGUAGCGGCACGAAGCCUGGCCCAGAGAGCGACACCGACUCUAUGGCUGAGUACGGAGAAGGCGAGACUGGUCGGUUCACGGAGGACGGUUCGUUCAUCGGUCAGUACGUGCCGGGCGCGCGCGUGCUGCCGCCGCCGCCGGCGCCGCAGCCGCCCACCUACGUGUAACUCCAACACGUAGGUACUGUAACUACCGCCAGGUACCCAGGCCGGCCUGCCUCACCAGUGCCCAGUGGGAAAUAUAUCGCGUCACCAGUCGUCACCUUGAUUUAAGUUUCGCAAUAUUAUCUUGUAUUUUAUACUUUUUACAUUUCACGACGUCAUUCUAUGACUCGGAUGAAAUUCGAUUUUUCGACAGCUACGACCAUCGAUACUAUAAGCUUCAUAGCUAUUUGUAAGACGCGGAGAUGUUCUGACACUGCACUGCCAUUUACAAGUGUUGGAUGGUCGAAAAUAGAUGUACCUCGCGCGAUGUAAAGGAAGCGGUCAAUUAUGAACAUUCUGUAGAGCGGGAAAAACAUCUGUGCCUUUAUCCAAUUUUGAAAGUGAUAUCGAGAACUUCGGUAUAGAUUUCUCAGUGUCUCGUUACGUCUCGCGAGUUGACAUCUAUUUUCCAAAGCUUCACAUCGGUGACCAGAAGGCAGCAAUUGACAGUGACUGUAUUUAGUUGAAAUUUAUUAGGGUGUAAGCAUUAGUGUAAGCUGAUAACGAAGCCUACUAUUCUGUUUCGGCCGGCUGUUAGUGUCCAUACACAAGGCUAUACGGUUUUAUUGACUAUGCUCCCUGAGAUCGUAGAGAUCGUCUCUAAGUCUGUUGAACAUUUCGUUAUUUAUGAGACUGAUUUUAAGUAAUGAGAAAUAGUCAAACUGGCACUGGCGUUCAGGUUUUGGGAGCAAUCUCAAACAUUUAUAAAAACCUUUUAAACUUUUCUCAGAUUCUCAUUAAUUCCCCAUCACCGUCACCGAUUGCAAGUUGAUAUUGUUAAAGGAUAGAAUACCUGAUAUUUAAGGAGGUACAACGAUAGCCGCGUUCCAAAACCUGAACGUCGAGAUACUCGGCUUGUGUUAGUAAGUAGGCGAUGUUACGGCUCGAUAUCAAUUACGUGUAGUUAACCAUACGGUAGCUGGUCAAGACUUGAGAUAAGAAAAGCUAUUUUUGUCACAGAAAAUAAGGUAAUUAGCUCUGGACUCCGGUGGUCAUGUGCGCUCGUUGCGGACUUACUGGCUUCGUAGUAUUGGCGUAGGGAAUUAUUGUAAGUAAGGAUAUAAGGUUUGGACAACAAACGUCGGGUCGAAGUAUACGCGAUGUACAGCCAAUGGUCAGUUCGCAAGCCAAAUUCGUAUAUCGAUUAUUUUUAUAUCAAAUGCAUAUCUUUCUAAUCGCUCUUUGUAACACGCUAUGGACCAUAAAGAUUUUUAUUUUACGAAUCGAACGUAUGACUGUUAUAAAAUUCAAUAUAUCUUCGUCAUUCUAAAAUGUACGUACAUUUAAGCGUUGACCAAGCUUGUUCAAUUAAUUGAUGUCGUUACCAAUUACUGAGCGGUACAAUGUUGCAGCUGCACUUAGGAAAUCUAUUUAAUAUUUUAGUUAAACAUUAAGAACUCUUCUUUGCGUUGUUCUUCUCUAAAACUUAUUAUUCUCUUGUAAAUAAGUGUAGCUGCAAACUUUUUAAACGCGCACGUAAUGGUAACGACAUUUGAGUAUCUAAAAAAUCUAUAUUUUAUUAAGAAAAAAGAUAUUUUUAUAUAAUUGCGCAGUUUGACCACCGGGGCAUAUUGUGGUGCUUUGCAGAGUUAAAGAGAGGCGUGGUUCGGUGUUGUGAUCUCUGUUAGCGGAGACGUCGCGUCGGUGGUUCCCUGUCCUCCCCCUUCCCCUUUACGUCACUUAAUCCCACCUUUGGUGUCAGUUCACGCAACUAAAACGCAUUGUGGUCUUUGAAUGAGUAUAUAUUUGCUAGUAGAACGUUAUUCAAGUUGUAACAAAGCUAGUAUUGAAAGAUGGCUUCAGAUGGAGUCCAGUGGAGAAUCGUCAGAGACGUAGUUCUAAUCACCCAUUCAGCUCACCCUACUAAUAUCACUUGUGUAACACAUAUAGAUGUAGAUGGUCAAUAUUAUCAACUUGUAUAAAAGCCGCUUGAAGUGUGCGUGUUGUGUGCUGACAUGUCUGACUGUAACAUAGUAGGCGUAAUGAUAUUCGGAAAGAAUCUCGGUUAUUAGGAGUUACAAAAUCUCAAUUUGUCCCUCAACACUUGGAUGUUUGUGUAACGGCUCCUCGGUACAUUGGUAUCGACGGAGCCGGUAACGUUUAUUGUAUAGAGUUUUUGUCAUUCAGACAAGUUUUCCGUGACCAUCCACUACGGUACAUCUCGCAAUCUCGAAUGAAUUUAGUACGGGGCGACCCGUCAGUAAAAUGUCUCUCUUACGUAGUAAUAAGUCCUCUUUAUAGGCUUUUUUCGUAUUUGAAUUUUUCAAUAUUUGACUUUAUUGAAGUUUUGCACCGAUCACAUUGAAGUUAUGCCCAAGUUAAUGUUUCUGAUUUUGGACGAGCGCGGGCUCGAGACCACAGCUGUACUUGCGACCAGUGUUGCAUAACGCCAAAAAGUAAGAGAAGUAUCGCUGGCAGCCGUGGUCUCGCGGCCGCGCGACAAUAUCUCAAUUGUAUCGUGUCUAGAUUAAGGCUAGGGAUUCGUGUUAACUAAUGUUAGGUAGCUAACGCGUUCGCUUACUGCAUCUGUACAUGUAUAUUUUAUUCUUUGCCUUAUCUGUACCUAUUGUAUCCGGUUUAUUCGUACACUGGCGUGUCGAGUGCGGCGUGCACUGUGAACCGUCGAUUUAUUUUAUUAUAAUUUUAUUUAUUUGUGUAUACUUAUUUAUCCGCCUGAAAGGUGUCGGGUCUUAAUUGAGUACAUUCCAGACGGUCUAACCAUGUUGAUUUUUCAAAUCGGUUUAUUUACAAGUCUCGUUACCGCGCCGGUCAGAUGUAAUCUGAACAAUGUUUAUAAAACUAGACCGCCGCUGAGACUAGCAACGUAAUUUAUUAAUUAUUUAAAUUAAAUAUUAGAGCCUCCCAUAUAUUUAUUUUCUCUCGUUAUUAUGUAUAGUUUGACAAGGUAACAUGUUCGAAUGCCAACAUUUUGAUCGUUCUCAUUUAGAGCUUAUACUGUAACUAAUGGUACCUUAUACAUUGCAUAUUUAUAUUUGAUGGCACUGUUAUUGUAACCCCUUUAAGUUAUUUGUUAAGGAGUCUUUAUCAUGUCUAUUGUCUAGUAAGAAUUUAAUAUAUAUCUAUUAAUAUUAAUUGAUUAUAGUAGGAGCCUUGUUCUAUUCGCGUCUGUUUUUGUCGCUUUUUAUACCAGUUAACGAUUGAAAAUUCUUUGUCUUAAAAAUAUCUUGUUACGGUUCAAAAUACAAAUUUUGAUAUUAGAUUGUUAGCCACCGGUAUACGGUGGAUGUUCUCACUGCCUUCCCUACUAAAUUACACUGUGUUCAUUAUGUUUUACACGUACCUAGUAAAGACCUUGCCUUACGUGAAAUUUUUGAAUGAAAAUGUGAUUUUCAUUGUACCACAUUCGAGUUGUCAGCACAAUGUCUGCAUUUACUUAGUGUCACAAUACUUACCGUGCGUUGUAACAAUAGUCCCUCAUUACUAUCGUACAUCGCCGUACUAAAAUAGUUGAUGUUAGCAGUGAAAUUGUAAUUGUGUACCUUUAUUCGGUCGCAAGUGUAACGAACUUCUGAAACAUUUUGAAGAUAAUCAUAAUUUAUUGAAUUGUAAUAGAAAUAAUGUAGAAGCCGAAUAUAUUGAAAGCAUCGUAGUCCCCCACCAAGCGCGAGAGAAAACUGUGUUCAUAGUAUUCAAUCACUUUUAUAAACACCCUUGUGACGAUGACUUGUUUUCCUGUUGUACGGAACAAUAUUAUUAUUAAGAUCAUGCUUUCAAUAUUUUUGUCUAAGACCAUGUUUAGUAAUAGCUGGAGUAUUCGCUAAACACGAACUGGUAGAUUGUAAUUGUUGUGAGGUACAUUCAGUGUUAUCUAUAAUGUUGUCGAUGCUUAGUUUUACCAUUGUCGAGACCUCGUCAGUUUAUUGAAGGCGCCAGACGCCUCGCCAUUGUUAUAAUACAUACUAAAUGGAAAAAUUAAAGCAUCUCUAACAGUUUAACUAUAUUUGCUAAGCAAGCUUUUUAUCUAUAUUGGACUAUUUUGUUGAUUAGAUAAUAGUUUGCAUUUAUUAUAUUUAAAAAAUGUUUAAAUCAUGACAAAAGUGUAGGUAAAGACUUGUGUAAAAUUUCUGAUCUGACCCGUAUGAUUCUGUUCACGAAUUAUCGUAAAUUACAUUUUAGUUUGCAUUAAGUAACUGUAAUUUAUUGUAACUAUGAUGAAUAUUUUUUUAUGUUGCAUAGAAAAUAAAUAUUAAGAAAUUA